AAGGAGCACGAAUCACUACUCCAGAAACAGAAGAGAGAAUUAGAAGAAAUUUUAGUAAAAGCUGAUGAAAUGAAUGCCACGACAAGGAAACUGAAAAAAUCACAGAAUGUACUGAAAUUAAAGAAACUCGUCGCAAUAAUUAAAAAUCAGGAAACUCCCUCGGAGAUUACACAGUACUCAUUUCCGGUGUUUUGCAAAUGCGAAAUUGACGACAACUAUUUGAAACUUAAUUUUGGAUAUAUUGAAAAUGUACAAGAAAGAAAGAUUUUCCUGCCGAAAUUGAUAUCUGUAGAUGCUGUGAUUUCGAAGCAAAAAAUAUUAGAGGUGCCGAAAGUUGUCACAGCUAUAGACACAGGGUUUCCUGCUGGUGAAAAUAACAAUCGUCUAUACGGUAUUGCUGUCAUUGAUGAUAACAUAGUGUGGAUUGGAGGAACAAGUACAGACCUCAAGUUGUUUGAUUUCCAGGGAAACCGACAGGACACUGUCUCCAUCACAACACAUGGCAUGUACUUAACUGUAUACAACAAACACGUGAUUUAUACUACACAGAGCAGCAAUACUGUGUGUAGAGUAGCCGAGGAUAAAACAAUCCAGACGAUGUUUACAACCGGGGAGUGGAGACCACGCGGUAUCACGAGUACCGCGUCAGAUGACCUGCUAGUCUGUCUCCGGAAGGACGACCAGUACAAAGUCGUGCGAUACUGCAGUAUCGGUACCGUACUCCAGGAAAUUCAGUACGACUCACAGGGCCAGCCUCUGUACCAAGAUACAACUUACAUCACUGAGAAUGUCAACGGGGACAUCAUCAUAACAGACUGGAAGAAAAACGCCGUCAUUGCUGUCGAUAGAUUCGGAAUAUUUCGGUUUUCUUACUCUGGGAGGGACACGUCAUUUACUGUGAGCGCCGUCACUUCUGAUCCUGCCGGUCACGUUAUCGUUACUGACUCAAAUGGCGACAAGAUCCACAUGUUGGACAGGGACGGGCGAUUCCUGAGGUACAUCAUUCCCAACAAAGGGAUUAAUAAACCACGCGCCGUGUGUAUCGUCGGUGACGGGGAGAUAUUUGUUGGGGAGCAGAAUACCGGUGUAGCUAAAAGAAUCAAAUAUGUGGAGUAAUACACAGAAUCAAUUGUUUUCUUUGGAACCAGGUUCCCAUAGUGUCUGUAUGAUGUGUAAUAUAUCAAAUGUUGAUUCUGAUUUUCGUGCAAUAUGCUAAGAGGCAAAUAAUCCAAUUUGUAGGAUUUAAAAAAAACUCAUAUGAACAAAAGUGGGCUUUUCUGAUCACCUGCUAUCAACAUAUGUCUGUCUUGUUGUGCAUCUGUA